CCCGAAAGUCGUCAUCUCUCUGCUUCUUCCUGGUUUCAGAGUUGAAGCAGAGCAGAGCUGUAAAUCCAUGGAGCUUCUUUCACGGUGUUCUACUCUUGUUCCUCACGCCUCCACUCUCAGUCUUCCGAAUUCUCAUGGAAAAUCUUCGGUUUUCUAUCCCAAACGCAAAUCCAGCCUCUCAUUUCCUUCGUCUUCAUCAGUCCUCAAAGCAACCGCUCUUAAACCCUCCAGAACCCUAGCUCCGCCGUGCUCUGUCCUUAUGACGACUCCACAGACGCCGGAUUCCGCCCGGACUGGCGCCGAGACUGAUGCCAUGGGACUGCUUCUCAGAGAGAGGAUCGUUUUCUUGGGGAACAACAUUGAUGACUUUGUGGCCGAUGCUAUUAUCAGCCAGCUCUUACUCUUGGAUGCUCAGGAUUCUACUAAGGAUAUCAGACUCUUCAUUAAUUCCUCCGGCGGCUCUCUGAGUGCUACAAUGGCUAUCAUCGACGUCUUACAGCUUGUGAGAGCUGAUGUCUCCACAAUUGCACUGGGCAUUGCAGCCUCAACAGCUUCCAUAAUCCUCGGCGGUGGCACUAAAGGAAAGCGUUUCGCAAUGCCUAAUGCACGUAUCAUGGUUCAUCAACCUCUUGGAGGGACGAGUGGCCAAGCAAUAGAUGUCGAAAUUCAAGCACGUGAAAUCAUGCAUAACAAGAACAACAUAAUCAGAAUUAUCUCCAACUACACUGGCCAUCCAUUUGAGAAGGUCCAAAAAGAUAUCGAUCGGGAUCGUUAUAUGUCGCCCAUAGAGGCUGUAGAAUAUGGAUUGAUCGAUGGAGUGAUCGACAAAGACACCAUUAUACCUCUCAUGCAACUGCCAGAAAGAGUGAAGGCAACGUUAAAUUAUGAAGAAAUUAGUAAAGAUCCCAGAAAAUUCUUGACACCAGACGUCCCCGAUGACGAGAUAUACUAGUUUCGGGUGUUUCGAUGAACCGUUCUCUAGGCUUUUGAUUUACAUGAUUCACUUGUAGAAUCUUGAUUCAGCAAAGUCAUGGUAAGUGGAAAAUCGAAACUCGAUGAUGUGCUACUCAGCUUUUCGAGUAUCGUUUUUGAACAAAACGUCUCUACUUACUAGAUGUUAGAGGUCACGGGAAUUUGGACUCCUUUUUUGUCCAUGACAUUUUCAAAUGAGCAUUCUGAGAAAAGAAAAAUUGGCAGAGUAUAUUUCAUAGCUUUGUUUGAUUAAUUUCUUCUCCGUCCCAAACAGAACUGUUUAGUGUCAAUAAACUGAAUUUCUUGUUGAA